GAGCUUGAGAGGGAGACAGAGAGAGACAGAGAGAGAGAGAAAGGCGUUUUCACGCUCGCUCGCCGGUUUCAGGCUCCUUGUUCGCGGAGAGCAGUCACGACCAUCCUCGGCUCGCUCGGUGCGUGCGCGUUCACGUCACGGCCUCAGUUCCCACGCCGAGGACCCCCUGCCUCUUGUGCUCUUCGUUUGGCUCCUCUUCGCAUCACCAAGCCAUCGAGGAAGUGGACUUUUGGCUUCUUUUUUUUUUUAACCUCUCUGUCAAUCGUCUGACCCAUUUCCGGCUCCGAUUCAAGCUCCACGCCGCGAUCAAAUCCCUCACGACGUCUGAGCUUCCUCGCUGCAACGCCUGGCUACGCGCGAGGUCAGUGUAUCCAAAUUGCGGUUGCUUGCAUUGUGUGGCUCGGAAGAUGGCCGAGUACAGCUCUCUGCUCAGCGACCUCUCGGACAACAUCACCAACGAGGACCUGGAGCAGCUCAAGUCAGCUUGCAAAGAGGACAUCCCCGAGGAGCACAGCAACGCCAUCACGUCCAGCAAGGAGUGGUUCAGCUACCUGGAGAAGAACGACAAGCUGGCCCACGACAACUUGUCGUACAUGGAGCACAUCUUUGAGAUCUCGCGGCGUCCCGACCUCCUGACCCGCGUGAUCGAGUAUCGCACCACCGUGCUCAAAAUCGACGAGGACGACGAGAUCGACACCAAGCUCACGCGCAUCCCCUCGGCCAAGAAGUAUAAAGACAUCAUCCGCCAGCCAUCUGAAGACGAGAUCAUCAAGUUGGCUCCGCCCCCUAAAAAGGCAUGAAGCCGGCGGCAUGUCACCACUCCCGGCGACCUGCCAGCUAACACAAGGCCCUCACACGCACACACGCAUGCACACACUUAACGAAACUGACAACAUAUUUGUACUCUCCUGUCAUGGAUUCCGUUGCUAGUGUGACGCUUUUGCCCCGUGUUUCGAUGUUUUUUUUUUGUUUCUUUCCCGCCUUGUUAGUUUAUGUCCAUCAGGAGUGGCGCAAACUCACUUUCGUGCACUAAUUUUGUAUGUCUGUCUUGUCUCGAGAAUUGAACGCCUCAACUGACAGUGUGUGCCCCGCCCUCUACCUGCACCCCGCCCCCCCACCCCACCUUGCCAUUUAAAACACCUUUUGGUUGUGGAACGACCUCCUCUUGUCGUUGUCGUUUUAGCCGCUAAGCGUGUUGUCGUUGGCACUCCUCGCAGUUGGAAAUGUCCACAAAGUCUCUUUUCAAUUCUGAAAACGGUUUAGGAAGCCAUGAGGGAGAUUUGUUAAGCAGUCCACAUUUUCAGAAGAAACAAAUAAAAAUUGAAGCGUCAAAAUGUUCCGCUCAUUCAGAAUAUCUUCUGAUCACAUUUUUAACUUUUUCAGUCUCACCUCUGACCUUUUCCAUCCGGCAACAACUCUUUAGCAUUAAAGCUCAAUUUGUGCAUCAGAAUUGUAGUUUUUUUUUUUUUUUUUUUAAUUGUAAAUUGACUUUAGAGACUGGCAACUGCACUAGUCACACGCGCUGCAUCUUCUUUGUCGCAUGGUUAUCAAGUGGAAGGUCAAUGUCCACCCUGUCGUGAGUAGGAACUUUUCAAACUGCACUUUUCCCGGCCGGACUCCUCCACUGAGUGGACAACCUGUGGCCUCUGGUUUUGGGUUCCAGCAUGCUUGCACAUGUGAGGCAAGGACAGGAUGUCAAAGUUGUCGCUACUACUUUUGUUCCUUCCUCUUGAAAAGUGUGCGUUUGUGACUGUAACAUUUGUGAGCGGCCGAUUUCCUCUAUUGUCGCUUGUACGUUCUUGGUCCAAGUGUGCGCAGCCUUUUUGCAUUUUUGUGGCGCGCAAGCUUCCACCACAAACACCUGCAACAAACCCCCAUAUCCCACCCGCCCGCAGCUUCCCGCUCGGUCGGCAUGGUAACUGUGAGCCAGACGUCAAUGAGGCACAUAAACAGAACAACAUAUCAAUGACAAAUGAUGUCCUAUAUUGAUUUCCAUCUCAAGUACAUAUCAAGUUAGGAAACAAAAACAAAACAGAGAGGUGAAUAUUUGGUGAAGUCAUUUAUGCUUAAAGACUGUUUGGUUUUUCAUUUUCUUGAAUAUGUAAAUAUGUAUUUUGAAUAUAAACCACUGUGUUCAUUUGAUGACGAUUAAUUUAUUUCAAGCCAAUAUAUUGUUGUUCGUGCGUGCGUGCCCUGAUGUUUGACUAACUGGCAGUGCUGUGACGAGACCUUUUACUUCCCGAACGGUGACUUGCGUGGGUCGCGCGUCGCACGGAAGGAGUGCCCGCUUCUGGAGUUUGCAUGAUGCCAUUCCAGCUGUUUUGGGGAAGUCAUUCCGAAUUGUUUUUCCGACAGUGUUUUAUUCCGCCGAGCGUGAAAUUGCUGCUUGUUGUCAUGACUUCAAGUCAAAUGUAAUAUUGCCAUUUUGUCAUUGUGCUAAAAUGAAGAUAAAUAUUAUAUUUAAAUAUAUUUGCUAACCUACA